CUCUUCUAGUCCUUUCUCCUCUCCAGAUGUGGACCAUCGCUGUGCUUUUGCUGCCGCUGCUUCUUUCCACCUCUCCCGUCUCCUCCUUUCCUCUGAACAAGGAUGAUUCAUGUGCCAGGACGUCCUGUGGUGCAGGUCGAGAGUGUGUGUCCACACAUCGAGGAGAACCAGUGUGUCAAUGUUUACAGAGCUGCGGUGACACAGAGCACUGGGUUUGUGGAAGUAAUCGCAGAUCUUACAGAAAUCACUGUGAGCUGCACAGAGAUGCCUGUGUCACGCACACUAAGAUACAUGUGGAGCAUAGAGGACACUGUGUGGAGAAACCACCUAAGACGGAUGUGAGCCCGAUUGUGUGUUUCCUGUCUGAUCGUGAUUGGCUCAGAGAGAGAGUGAUCCAGUGGAUUCAGGAAGAGGUACAAUCAGACAGCCCUGCCUCUAAUGUGUCCGCAGCCAAUGAGCUACUGCAAACAUACUUCAAGAUGUAUGAUGACGGGGAUUCAGAACUUGAUUCCAAAGAGUUCCUGAGCUUCCUGAAACACAAUGAGACGGCUCUCAACCUCACCUACUCUAACACUGUGGAGUCUAACAUGCUGCUGAGGUCUCUGUGUGUUGAUGCUUUGAUCGAGCUGUCAGAUGAAAAUGCAGACUGGAAACUGAGUUUAACAGAGUUUGUCAACUGUCUGACACCCACCUACCAUCCCUAUGAGAGAAAGUGCGCUCUGGAGGAUGAAGUGUUCGAGGAUGGAGCUGAAACUCGGAUGGAGUGCAACAAGUGUGUGUGUGCGUGUGGAAAUUGGGUCUGCACUGCUCUGACCUGCACAGGAGAGCGUCAGGUAGAGGAAGAUGAAAAUGAGGGAGUUGAAGAAGAAGAAAUGACAGAGGAAGAGUGGACCAGGACAGUGGCUGAACUCAACGCUUUACAGGUGGAUGGUCGACUCUGAAAAGAUUUAUUGGGACAAUGAUACAUUAUUUUUAUUCUCUAUAAAAACAUUUACAAACUAUUGGGGUCUUAAAUUGGGGCAGACAGCAGCCGUGCAGCCUACAUUCCUCAUAAGAGGCUCAUAGCAUCAGAUAUUUAUAGUGCCUUCACAUUACAGUUUUUCUUUUAAUUAUUGAGCUGUUUCAAUGUGAAUUUACAUUUUUUACCAAUCUGUCGCUUUAAUUCAUUUCACAUAUCUGUAUGAUUUCAUUGAUCAGCUAGUGAGGCAGAUUCUUUUUACAUAUCCAAAGAUUGCUUCAGUUUUGUCAGGUCUCUGUUCUUUCUGCCUAUAUAUGCUGUUUAAUAGUUAUUAGAAAGUUCAAUUUGUAUUAUUAUUUAAGGUAUUUAUAAUUCAAAAGUUUGUUUAUCUUAAAACAGAAAAGAUAUAUCCAAUAACUCUUGUUAUCAUGAAUCGUUGAUUGAUUACCUUUUAAAGUUUUCAGAGGCUGUUUGAACACUCAGGAUGUUUAUACAGGGUGCAUUGUUUCCUUGUGAGAGAUGUCAUAUUUUUUGUACUCCAGUUGUGAAAUAAAUGCAGAUUUAUUUUAAUUAUAUAAAACUGUAAUAAACUAUUGUAAUAAAAGUAUAAAUUGACUUAUCAAUUUCUGGAGAGGGUAAACAAAAAAGGGAAACUGUAAAAACCUA